GAAAAAGUUUGAAAUUCUAAGUUGUAGAGCCUAAUAUGACUUUAUAUAGCUGAAGCAAAACACCAGUGUGACCUACUUAUGAAGUGUUUGUAAUAUAAAGCAAGUUUGUUUGCUUUUGUUUUUUUAUAAUAGCAUACUUUUAAGAUUUUUUUUUUUAAAAGAAACAAACCGCAUUAAUUAGCUUGUCUUAUUGACUUACCAUCUCAAGACUUGAGCAUGAAGGAAGAGAUUGCAGCAACAGUGUUUUUUAUUGCAAGACUAGCAAAGAAACAUGGUAAACUGGAUCGUGUUCGGAGGGAGAAAUUUGCUGUGGAACUAACUUCAGUGCUCUUUGAAAGUUACAAAAGUCAUUGGUACCCAGAAAAACCAACCAAAGGACAAGCUUUUAGGUGUCUAAGGAUGAACAAAGCUCAAAUGAGAGACCCAGUUAUCGAACGUGCUUGUUGCCAGAGUGACAUUGUUUAUGAAGAUCUUGGAUUACCAAAGGAAAUGACCAUUUGGGUUGAUCCAGGAGAGGUGUCAUGCCGGUAUGGUGAGAAGUCAACCCCAUUUUGUGUUACUCAGUUCGAGGGUCAAAAGAGAGAUGGGGAGUUCUCCCGUAGGAUAAAUAAUGCUGUGGAAAGGGCUUCAUCAGACUACCACUCUGGAACCUCCUCUGAUGAGGAGGGAGGAAACACCAGCAUGAGCAGCACUGUGAGUAGCAGCAAUAGCAGCAGUCUUUCUGUUCCAGAGCCCAAAUGCAUCCCGACGGUCUCCAAUCCAAACAGUGUAUACCAGUUCAGUGAGUUUGGGCAGCCCCCUCCCAUGCAAAACUGGGGGACGUACCCUAAAAGAAAACCAUAUGUUGCUGAGGGCUACCAGCAGCAUUCUUCAGGAGGACCAUACCCACCUCAUAAGAGUUUUAAGGGCUACAGGCCCUCCUAUGCCUUCUCUGGCCCAAGGGUGGAUCGAUAUCACUGGGUCAGCAAGAACCGCUCUUAGACUUUCAUUUUAAAACCAAAGUGUAUCAUUGUUUUGUUGAUCAGCUAUGCAGGCAUAUGUGAGUGUUAUUGAAUAUAACUUAAAUGUAAUGAUUUAAUAAAUUAUUUAUGGAGUCAUGUGGCAAUGCCAUGAAUGCACUUUUAAAGUUAAUUUUAUUAAAUGGUUUUUGUGGAGUGGAAAAGACUUUCUGAAUAAAAUCUAUUUUAAUAAAA